AUGCUUUCUUUCACUACAUUGUUGUUGACGGCAUCGGCGCUUGUGUCUGCUCAAUCUGCUCUUAAUGAGUCUCAGAUAAUCUACAGUCCUUCUGAAGGAACCUGUCCGCUAGUGAACUCAUCCGCAAUCUACAACUCAACCACCCACGAAGGUUACAUUCGUUCCAACUAUUUGAUUUCUCAGGAUGAAUACUCGUACAUCGCUGCAAGGCAAGCAAAGACUUCCGACAGUUUAAUUGAAUUCUUGGACAACUUAACCAUUCCAGGCUACAACGAAUCUUCGUUCGCUAACUAUUUUGAGCUCUUGAACCAAACCAACAUCAAUGUUGGUUUGUCUUUCUCUGGUGGUGGAUUUAGAGCUUUGUUCACCGGUGCCGGUGAACUCAUGGCAUUGGAUUCUAGAACUUCAAACUCUUCAGCUUUGAAAGGUUUGCUUGACUCAUCAACCUACAUCUCUGGCCUUUCCGGUGGUUCCAUUCUUUUGUCUACUUUGUUAUUCAACAACUGGACAUCUGUUGAGAGUUUGAUUAAUGACAAAACUACCAACAUCUGGAACACCACUCAUUCUCCUGUCUCAAGGGAUAUUUCAUUCUGGAGAGAAUUGCUUGAUGAGGUUGCUCCAAAGAAGAAGGCCGGUUAUGAAAUCAGUAUGGUUGAUAUCUAUGGUAGAAUUUUAUCGAGAUACAUGUUUGAUGAAGAUGACGACUCUUACGGUUUGAACGCCGUUUGGUCUGAUAUCAAAUACACUGACGCUUUCAUCGACUAUGAUAUUCCAUUCCCAAUCAUUUCUGCAACGGGUGGUGUCGAUACCAACAUUUCUGAAUAUGCAUACAAUGUUUUUGAAAUUAAUCCUUUCGAAUUCGGCUCUUUCUCCCCAUAUGUUGGCGGUUUCAUUCCAAUUGAAAUUUUAGGUUCUAUUUUGGAUGCUGGUUUACCAUUCCAAUCUGCUCACUGUACCUUCGAUUUUGACAAUGCUGGUUUCUUAACUGCAGCAUCUUCGAACAUUUUGGAAGGUUACCAAGAUGUUUUGGAAGGUUUCCUUGCAGGCGAUGCAAAUGACACUGCUCUUGCUUACAGAGCUUUUGGCCAAAACAUUAGCGCCUCUUAUGCUGAAAUUCUCUUGGAUAUGGUCAACAGUGAUAUCAACGACACAUUGUUUGCAUUGGUUGAUAACCCAUACUACAACUCAUCAUUGGCAUCCAUCGACUCCUCUAUGACUACAAAUGAGACUUUAAAAUUGGUUGAUGGUGGCUACUUUGAUGAAUCAGUCCCACUAGACUCUUUCCUAGCUCCAGUCAGACAAAUCGAUGUUGUUUUCGCCUUUGACAACAGCGGACAAACCGAUGACAACUGGCCAAGCGGUGACUCUUUAUUCGCCACAGAAGAAAGAUGGGCUGAGUCGUUCCCUGACGAUAACUUUUACGAAUUACCUUCUUCUGUUGAAGAGUUUGUCGAGUUGGGCUUGAACAAAAAACCGGUGUUCUUUGGAUGCAAUGGCUCAAGCUUGGUCACUGAUGAAAACAAUCCUAAUGCAACAGUUGAAUAUAAUGUUAUGAAACCAUUGUUAGUUUACAUUCCAAAUACCAACUAUACUACUUUGUCUAACAUCACUGACUAUCAAUUUUCAUACGCUGAAAGAGAUGCUAUUGUUGCAAAUGGUUUUGAAAUUGCUCAGAAUGAUGGUGAAGAGGAUUUUGCUCAAUGUGUAGGUUGUGCAAUCAUCAGAAGAUCUGAAGAAAGAGCAGGUAUUGAUAUUUCUCCAUUUUGUAACAAGUGUUUCUCGAAAUAUUGUUUCGAAAUUGAAAGUGUUCCAGACAACUCAACUAUCAGUGAGAUUAUUCCAAAAACUAUUUACUCUUCUUCAGCCUUACCAAGUCAGCUCUCCUCUUAUUUGAGUAAAAAGACUGUUUCAGGUGCAUUCCCAACCGCAUUUGCCACCUCAGCUUAG